ACAAAGCAAGCACACACAGUCGCUUUAAAAUGACGUCAUUCAAAAGCCAAGAAAAAUAGCUGCUCGAGUUUGAGGUGGGAAUACUUUGCUGUUGUAAACAGAAGCGCUAUAAACAGCGGUAGUGAAUACAGAAGAGAAUAAUAAACCUCCCGAGCAUGUCUGUGAACUACGCGGCGGGGCUCUCGCCUUACGCGGACAAAGGUGUCUGCGGACUACCCGAGAAAUUUGACAGUCCGGAAGAGCUGACAGGCAAGGUUAAAAUCCUGACAGAGAUGAUAAAGAAGUGCGAGUUCCUCGUAGUGCACUCUGGAGCAGGCAUCAGCACCGCCUCGGGUAUCCCAGACUUCAGAGGGCCAAAGGGCGUGUGGACCAUGGAGGAGAAGGGCGAGACGCCUAAGUUCGAUACCACGUUCGAGGACGCGCGGCCCAGCCUGACGCACAUGGCCCUCCUUGGCCUCUACAAGGCCGGCAUCCUUAAGUACCUCGUCAGCCAGAAUGUGGACGGGCUGCAUGUGAGAUCCGGCUUCCCCAGGGAUUCCUUGUCGGAGCUUCACGGAAACAUGUUUGUUGAAGACUGUGAGAAAUGUGGCAGGCAGUAUGUGAGGGAGAAGGUGAUCGGUGUGAUGGGCCUGAAGCCGACCGGGCGCUACUGUGACGUGGUCCGCUCCAGGGGUCUCCGUGCCUGCCGGGGGAAGCUGAUCAGCACCAUACUGGACUGGGAAGAGGCCCUUCCCAUCAAAGACCUGACCAGAGCUGAGGCCGCCAGCAGACAAGCGGAUCUGGCCUUGACGCUGGGCACCUCCCUGCAGAUCAAGCCCAGCGGAGACCUGCCGCUCCUCACCAAGAAGAAGGGCGGCCAGCUGGCGGUGGUCAACCUGCAGGCCACCAAACACGAUAAGCACGCUAACCUCCGUAUCCAUGGCUACGUCGACGAGGUCAUGAAACAGCUGAUGGAGGCGCUGGGAUUGGACAUUCCGAAGUGGGAGGGGCCGACGGUCUGCGAGAGCUUCACGGUGGCCAAACCCGAACCGCCAGGCCGCCUCGCAGCACCCUGCAGGGUUACAGCGAAGAAAGAGGUGAAGGGCGUCAAGGAGGAGGAGGAGGAAGAGGUGGAGGAAGAGGUGAAGAAGGAGGGGAAGAAGAAGGGGCAGAGGAAGCGACCACCGGCGCCGCCUACGAACGGGGAGGUAGACAAAGAGGCCGCUGUUGGUGUGAAGAAGGAGAGAGCCGAAUCUCCACCCGGGAUAAAAGAUGGGAAAUAGCCACUGUUUUUAUCUGCUUUUAUCCAGAGGGUCCAACGGGAAAUUGGGCUGGUGGUGAGCUGUCCUAUGAGGCAAAGACUUUCUUUGUAUUGUUUUUACAUCCAGAACACUGUUCAUUUUCUUUGGUUAUUGCAAUUGCCCUAAAAUAACCUUGGACACAGAGUGGAACUGUAAACAAUCUCACACAAUUAUACAGAGGCUUCACAAACCAUGUUCAAAACAAACCCGUUCAUUUACAAAAGAGAGGGCAGAGCUUUGCAUAAAGUGCCCUGAAGGUCUUGAUGGUUCCAUUACAAAGCUACAGGUAUUCAAGAGCCUUUUGGAUAGAACACUGUCCAAUGCCAAUGGUGAGGGUUUAUGGUUGGCUUUGUUUUCCUGCUCUCGUUCACCUGCUCAUGAUGAAGUACCUCAUCUUUGUGCUUCAAACCAGGGGUAGCAUUAAUAAACGUAGUGAGAUGUCAGCUCAACCUGUGCUUUGAGCGGGUUUUCCUUGUAUAUUUAGUUAGAAUUGUAAUGUUUUAUUUGAUUGUUAAUGACAUUUAUUUUUUUAUCCAUGUGUACUUGUUAUGGAAACAGUCUUUGUCACUUAACUGGUUCCCUUGAAACCUUUUUUUAUUAUACGUGUCUCAGGAUAAAAGUAUAGUUCUUGAAUACGAUUCACAGCGUGGUCUUAUCUUUUUAUGAUUAAAUGCGAUAACCUUUCCCCAUGCCAUAUAGCAUAAUGUCAGACUCAGCUGAAGGUCUGCAGUACACCACAGGGGGGGAAGGAUUGAUGAUGGUAUGUGUGUGUGUGUGUGUAUGUAUAUAGAUAUAUAUAUUUAUUAUUAUUAUAUAGUUUUCAAGCAGUCGCCCACAACAGAUCACGUGUCUAUUCUCAUCAUGGCUCUAAGGAUGAUGGUAUUGGUUUUAAGAUGUGCUAUGAGUUCUCCCAGUGAGAUUAUAUUUGAAGUUACCGACAAAAUGUCCUGUCACGGUUGGAAAGUGAAAGCGAAGGUUCAAGACAUCAUUCAUUCCAGACUGAGAACACUUACAGGUUGUUCUUCAAAUAGAAUACAAUCAGGACUUCUGAAUAGAGAAAGAACUGUUUCUGAUCACUGAAUAGAGGCAGUUCAAAUGCAGUUUAAUUUGGACUAGAGACAUCUUUACGUUUUUACUGCAGAUAUCCUCAUGUUGAAUAAUGU